AUGAUUCCGCAUGCCGUGCAGACGGCCUGUCUGAAUGCCGCGCUCGGGCUGGCAAUAAGUUUGGCAGGAAGACGGCAACAGUCUUCUUCAGAUCGCAAAAAUGCAGACCUGGGCAAGCAUAUCAACGAUCGACUCCGACUCUUCUUUUCCUUCGCCGAAUCACAUAUUCACACCUCAACGACACUGCCCUACUCGGUAGUACCUGUUCUCAAGAUACUAUGGCGUAUACAAGCCAUGAUUCAGUCAGGUAUGAUAUUUGACUUUGGAAGCCACCACGAAGUAUAUUGGACGUACACACUCAUUGGCAAAUGCUUUCCACCAUGCUUAGUGACAUCCCGUCCCCUCGACAUUAGCCCUGCGUACCAACGUGAAGAGCUGCCGAUCCGUCUUGAGCAGAUUAGCCAUGCAGUAGAUCAACUCUACGAGCUAACGCCCAGUUUAAUAAAUCUGCACAACCUGGAGACCGUCGUUGACAAUCGUGAUGGACCAGCGGUAAAGCUUGAUACUCUCGACCUAACGAGGACCACGGGGAGGCUGGCAAUGACCCUGAAAGAGCAGGCUGAUACAUAUAGGACGAUAAUCACGACGCAUCCAUCACAGACUGGAUCCAGCUACGAGGAACAGGUGGCAGCCGAACUUAGCCGGCGUCUAGGGGAGUGUGUCCCCGGGCAAAAUACUAGAUCGUCGGCCACAGGUACAACAGAAGUGGCUCCCUCAUUCUCCGAAGUUCUAAGAUUGUACGCUGCCGAAUAUAAAGAAUCAGGAAAUUCAGAGAAGCUCAACCACAUUCACAUACUUGGUGAGGCUCAGGACUCCCCUGCACGAGAUCUGGAGAGAGCAAUCUUGCAGUGUGGAAAGAGGCUGAGACUCCUCAACGCACCCGUGGCACAGUGCCAUCUGAACUUUCUGCACAUAUCUCCCAAUCCUUUCGUCAUAGGACACAUCGAGGAUAUGCUUGACCACUUGAAGAAGGACAAAGCUGUAGCGGGCAGAGUGGUGCCGAGGCUCACACUGUUUGAUAUAUUCAAUGUACAGGCUGAUACAUAUGAAAAUAUCGUUUUUUCUGGGCUCUCAGACGCGGCAUUAGCUGCAGCGCAGGAACAAGAAGAAGCAAAAGCACCACGCUCCGAUUUUUCUUCACUUGAACAGACGCCGAAAGAUUGCGAGAUAAACAUCAGGGGACUUUCCAGGUACACCGAGGCCGAGACUUUACGACUACAGUUCUCCUCUUUCGGCAACAUUAUUGGCAUAGAAUUUGAUGAGGACACAGUCGAUUCUCUCACAGGCGCGGCAUAUGCUUCCAAACUAUACAAUACCGGGUUCAGUGCAAGGAGACCUUUUCCUCCGGUCUCUGAAAGUGGUUCCCGUCAAAGAGUUACGAGAAUCAUAUACGCUCAAGAUGACGAAGCAGAGGCUGCGUGCGUCAGUAUGAACGGAAGCAGAUUUGAUGGAAAGGUCAUCCACGUGCAACCUGGUAGACAGGCUCUUUCGCCUGUUCCUGAAGGCGAUGGGCUACAUUCUCGACCACGGUACUAA